AUGUUUCCGCAGGCCACAAUGGAUCAGAUGCUUCAUCCAACGCCACGCGAAGGAUAUUAUGUGGUUGAACUCAACCGGAGUGUUUGGGUUGUUCCGAAUUACUACAUUAACUUGACUCCGAUCGGAACUGGGGCAUAUGGAACCGUUUGCGCCGCGGAAUGCACUCGAUCCGGCACUCGGGUCGCCAUCAAAAAGUUCAAUCGUCCAUUCCAAUCGAUCAUUCAUGCUCGACGCACAUUCCGUGAACUACGGUUACUUCGAUGCAUGCGCCACGAAAACAUUAUUGAUCUGCUUGACGUCUUCACUCCAAAUGAAAACGUGAAUGAUAUUGAAGACGUGUAUUUCGUGUCAAUGCUCAUGGGCGCAGAUCUCUCAAAUAUUCUCAAAAUCCAGAGACUCAACGACGAUCACAUUCAAUUUUUGGUUUAUCAAAUUCUUCGUGGUCUCAAAUACAUUCAUUCCGCUGAUAUCAUUCACAGAGAUCUCAAGCCAUCAAAUAUUGCUGUAAAUGAGGAUUGUGAACUGAAAAUUCUCGAUUUCGGAUUAGCAAGACAGACAGAUUCAGAAAUGACGGGAUACGUGGCCACGAGAUGGUACAGAGCGCCAGAAAUUAUGCUGAAUUGGAUGCAUUACACACAGACAGUGGAUGUCUGGUCAGUUGGAUGCAUUCUCGCGGAGCUUAUCACUGGAAAAACACUAUUCCCUGGAUCUGAUCACAUUGAUCAACUCACUCGCAUUAUGUCUGUAACUGGAACUCCCGAUGAAGAGUUCCUUAAAAAGAUCUCAUCUGAAGAGGCACGAAAUUAUAUCCGAAAUCUUCCAAAAAUGGCUCGUCGUGACUUUAAAAAACUCUUCGCCCAAGCAACACCACAGGCGAUUGAUCUUCUUGAAAAGAUGCUUCAUCUCGAUCCGGAUCGUCGUCCAUCAGCGAAAGAAGCAAUGGAACAUGAAUACUUGCAAGCUUAUCACGAUGAAUCAGACGAGCCAACAGCUGACGAAAUGGAGUUAAAUGAUGACGUGAAGGCAGAUACGAUUGAUGAGUGGAAGAAAAUCAUUUGGGAAGAAAUUACUGAUUUCCAGAAGAACGUGGCGUUCGCCGACGAAGAAGAAGAGGAAGAGGAGGAGGACGAUAAAAUGGAAUCGUAA